AUGAUUCUGAAAUUUGUUGUAAAGGAUCAGAAUCUGUCAAUUGUUGUUUUGAUUCGAUUUGCUCAUCAGAUGAAGUUGAUCUAGCUUUAAAACGUCUUGUCUGGACCAUUUUUUUAAUUUUGGGAAACCUUUUUUAG